AUGCCCUGGCAGCCGUUACCACGCAUCGCAUUCGCCGUCGCGACAUACCCUUUCGCUCCCGCGAGCCCGGACGACCUCCCCCUCGAGAUUGGCGAUGAGCUCUACGUGAUCGAGGAGACGCCCGACGGCAACUGGUUGCGCGGCUACCUCGUUGCCCCGCCCAGCCUGCUGGCGGGCCUGACCUCGGUCAAGGGCCAGACCUUGGAAGCAAGAGUCUUCAGCGGCAUCUUCCCGCGAAGCUGUGUCGAGGUCCGUGAGAUGCUGGGUGAGCCCGACGAGGCAGACGACGAGAACAACGUCUACGAUACCAACGACGAGAACAACCACUAUGCCAAGGCCGACAAUGGCGACGCCGAGAAUGGGAUGCAACCCCAAUUAUCCCCCGCAAAGAACGGCCUCGUCAAUGGUGCCGGCCGCAAGAGCACAGCCACUGCACGCAGGUCUAGGAAGCCGCUGCAGGAGAUCACAAAUGAGAUCCCCGUCAAGCUCUCUGUGCCCGUCCAGCGGGAUCCCAACGCACCACGUCCCCCGGCUCCCGUGCCCAUGCUGAAAGUUGGUGAUGAGACGCCGACCUCGGCUGAAGAGCCUCUGAUUGACGAGAUUGGCUCGUGCAUGCGCGAGUGGCACUCGACAAACCUCCACGAGCUGCUCCUGUCGGGCCAGUAUGAGCGUCUGGACCAGCUGUCCGAGCUCAUCAGCGGUCUCAACUUCAGCCGCCACCAGUUCCUGUACAACGUCCUCACAGCACACGAGUACGAGAAACUCCGCGAGAAGACGGUCUGGGAUCUGGUCACUGUCAACAAGCUCUGUGGUGGUGACGUGAUCGUGCGCGACCCUACCGCUCACGGACGCGUACUGACGGGAGACGAUUCGCCUGUCGAGGUCACCAAGCUGCAGUCCGUCAUGAGCCUCCUCGAUGAGCCUCCCCAGCCCGUCGCCGAGCCUAGCACCCUGCACCACAUACUCCUGGAUGUCAAGGCCUUUGCGGGCUCCACGAACGAGGAGACGUCACUGGUCUUCUCCCUCGUCAGCAAGACGAGCUGCAGUAAGGUCGUCAACAUCUCCGAGCCCUUCAGUGUCGACGUGAGUCAGGGCGGCACGGUCGGCGGUCUUGAUCAGAUCACCCAGACCAGCACGCUGUUCGCAGAUAUAUCGCCCCAGGAUACCGGCGACGGCGCAGCAGCCGAGGCCGAGGUCUACCUCGUAGUCAAGGUGGUGGCCUCGCGCCAGAUCUCCACGCCGAAACCGCUCUCGAGAACCGGAACAGGCGGUCAGACAGGCUAUCACCGAGACGCUGUGCAGUCUCCCGCGGGUGGCAAGUCCUCGAGAAUGAGUAUGAUGUUUGGCAGCAAGGCGGCACGGUCUGCCGUGUCGAGGGGCGUGCCGAACAGGAUGGACCCCAUGUCCGAGAAGACGCCCGAGCAGCGCCCGCCCACAAACGGCAUGGACAGCAGGACGCAGGACGGCCUACCCACCCCUGGCUCUGCCGGCUCCAAGGUGGCGCCCCCUGCCACCCAUGCAGCGCAGCGUACCGUCGGGGUGGGCAUCCUGCGCGUCAAUUCCGUCCUGAAGCAUCAGGAGGAGGCCGAGCAUCUUGUCAGCAUCUGGUCGCAGUCUUCAUCAUUGGUCUCGGAAGAGAAGGAGGGCAGAGACGGGUGGGACCCCAUCAUCAGGGAGCUCAUGGACAACCCCAUGGCCCACUUUGAGAAAUCCAGGAGGGGGGAGCGUCUGCAGAUCCUGCUCAAGGGCUUCAAUCACCCGGAUGCCGAUGCCCUCAUCAAGGCGACGCCCACUCUCCUCUCGGGCGUGGUGAAGACGAACCGCAUGGGCUUUGCUGGUGCCCCCUCCAAGCCUCGCUCCGACAUCUACGUCACCAUAAACUCUGCCUCUCUCGCCAGGCAGAACCUGCUCUCUAGAUUUGGCGGCAGCGCCACAUCCAUGCCCGGCACCAUCAGCGGCGUGAACUUCCAGGUCACGGUCGAGGUCCGACGGUCGUCCGGCGAGAGGAUAGACGGCUGCAUCUUCCCCUCGUCCAACAGCAGUGGCCUGUCCACCUUCAAGUCGGUGGCCGUGGAGAGAGGCAAUUCGUGGGUUCAGACGCUACGCCUCUCCCUCCAGCCUGAGGACGUUGUCAGCACCCAUGUGGUCCUGUACCUGUCGGACGUGCCCAACCCGCCGUUUGCCGUCGCCUACAUACCCCUGUGGGACCAGCAGGCCUUCAUCCGUGACGGCGCGCACGGCCUGCUUCUCUACAGGAUUGACGAGCACACGUCGACGGCGCAGCCGGGACCGGUUGGGAAGGGUGGCUACCUGUCGCUGCCGUGGACCUCUCGCGGCAGGGAUGAACGCUCCGUCGAGGUGACGGGUCCCCUUGCCAUCAUGCUCGUGGAAACGUACCUCUGCAGCACCAAGUUCUCCCAGGACCGCGUGAUCCUGGACGUCCUCAAGUGGAAGGACCUGCCCAAGGACAGGGUCUCUGCCACGCUCAAGGAGUUCAUCUUCACGCCCGAGAUCGAGAUUGUCAAGCUCCUCAGCGAUGUGCUCAACGGCCUCUUCGGCAUCCUCGUAGAGUACUCGGGCAACGACGAGUACGAGGACCUCGUCUUCACGGCCCUGGUCAAGGUCCUCGGCAUCGUCCACGAUCGGCGAUUCAACCUCGGACCCCUUGUCGACUACUACGCCGAGAACCAGUUCAACUCGCCAUUUGCCACACCGUGUCUCGUCCGAUCGUUCACCCGGCUCCUGGAGAACCCCGCCGAACCCGAGACGGCACGCAAGCUCCGCUCCACCCUGAAGGUGGUGCGGCACAUCCUCAAGUUCAUCACGCACGCGAGGGGCCAGCAGAGGGAGAAGGAGGCGGGCAUCGGCAUCAAGUCGUCCACGAACGGAUUCAAGAGGCACCUGCGGACCAUCUUCAAGGCGCUGGAUGCCAUGAUGCGCAACUCGUCACCCGUCCUCGUGGGCAGCCAGACGCUCGCCGUGCAGCACUUUCACACCUGGCUGCCGGAGCUGACCGGUCUGCUGACGACCGAGGAGAUCCUCCAUAUCGCCAUUGACUUUGUAGAUUCGUGCAACGACGUCAAGGGUAAGCUGGUGCUCUACAAGCUCAUGCUCAUCAUCAACUACUCCAAGCUCGACGUCUUCUCCCAUCCCGAGCAGAAGUCCGUCCUGAUCGCCAACACGGUGCGGUGGAUAUCCCCCCACUGGGGCCACACUCACCAGAUCAACGACCAGUGGCGGGACCAGAUCCGCCUGUGCUGCUCGGUCCUCGCGAGCCAGAUGGACCAGCUCGGUCACGAGAUACCCGACCACAUCCCCAAGAUCAUCGAUUCGUAUCUCGCCCUGCUCUCGGUGGAGCACGAGCCCCGGAACCGCCUCUCCCUGCUGUUCCCGUCCUCGUACCCCUUCCCGUCGAAGCCUCUGUCCGGCGAGCUCGUCCACGACGAGGCCCUGGCUGAGCUCUCGGCCAUCCUGGCCGCCGUAUCGAGCCGGCCGGCGGGUAUGCAGCUGGAGCUGGCCGACGACGACCUCACGACCAUGCUGGAGAACCUCCUCCAUGUGCACCUGAGCAUCCUCAACGGCGGGGGCUUCCCCCAGAACUGGCUGAGCGUGCACAUCUGCCACCACAAGUCGACGAUGCGCACGCUGCGGUACAUCUCUGGCAUCAUGCUCGAGUCCUUCCUACCGGAUCCGGACGAUGCCGAGAGCUUCAACACGGAGCUGUGGAAGCUGUUCUUCACGACGCUGCUGAAGCUCGUCGGCAGCCCGUCCCUGGCUCUCGAGACGUUCCCGGAACAGAAGCGAAGGGCCGUCUGGAAGAUUGCCGGCGACGUCAGGGAGCACGGUGCCGACCUCCUCCGCACAACCUGGGAGGCCAUCGGCUGGGAGCCGGGCACCGAGGAGGAGAAGCGAUUCGGGCUGGCCAGGAUGGGAGGAUACCAGGUGCAGUACGUGCCGGCGCUGGUGGGCCCCAUCGUGGAGCUGUGCCUGAGCGUGCACGAAGGCCUGCGCAGGAUGGCGGUGCAGGUGCUGCAGACGAUGAUUGUCAGCGAGUGGACUCUGAGCGAGGACCUGUCCAUCAUCCAGACGGAGAUGAUCGACUGCCUCGACAACUUCUUCAAGACGAAGCCGCUGGCCGAGAGCAUCAUCCAGAAGCUGUUCGUCAGCGAGCUGCUGGAGCGCUUCCAGCCUCUCUCGGAGCUUCCCGACGAGCCGCUGUACACGGCAGUGCAGGAGCUGGUGGGCACGGUGGACGAGUUUCUCGACCUCCUGACGGCGGUGCACAAUGCCGACAGCACCAACGAGGCGACCAACCUCAUCAGCCAGCUGAGGCUCAUGGAGUUCCUGCGCGAUAUGCAGAAGGAGGAGAUCUUUGUGCGCUACGUGCAUCAGCUGGCGGCCUUCCAGGCCGAGUGCAGGAAUCACGCCGAGGCCGGACUGGCACUGCGGCUGCACGCGGACCUGUACGAGUGGGACCCGACACGGCAUACGACGCCCCUGUCGGAGCCCGAGUUCCCGGCUCAGACGGCCUUUGAGCGCAAAGAGAAGAUCUACUUUGCCAUGAUCAAGCAUUUCGAGGACGGCGAGUCGUGGAGCAACGCGCUGACGGCGUACAAGGAGCUGCAGGUGCAGUACGAGACCAACAUGUUUGACUUCGCCAAGCUGGCGCGGACGCAGCGUGCCAUCGCUACAAUCUACGAGACCAUCUCCAAGAGCGAGAAGACGACGCCCAAAUACUUCAAGGUGGUCUUCAAAGGCCUCGGCUUCCCCGCCAACGUCCGCGACAAGGAAUUCAUCUACGAAGGCGCCCUGCACGAGCGCGGGUCCGCCUUCACCGACCGCAUGCAGGAGCAGUACCCCAACGCGCGGAUCGUCACCAACGGCGACGAGGUCGACGAGGUCGAGGGCCAGUACCUGAUCGUCAGCAACGUCUCCCCCCACAAGGACCUGGAUCACCAAGUCUACCAGCGGUCCAAAGUGCCGCCCGUCAUCCGCGAGUUUCUGCUCUCGUCCCACCCGCAGACCUUCUCCGUCAUCAGGCGGCGCAUCACGACGGGCCCGGUCGAGGAGCAUCACACCGACAAGAUGCUGCUCACCACGGCGGAGCCCUUCCCCACCAUCCUCCGGCGCAGUGAGAUCAUCGCCUUCGACGAAAUCAGGUUGGGAGCCCGCGAGACGGCGUUGGAGCGCAUCGUCCGUAAAACGCAGGAGCUCGCCACGCUGGAGCGCCGCGUAUCUUCGCCCGAUGGCACAGACGGGGAAGGCGAUGACGAGAGUGCCGCUCUGCUCGUUGACGCCGUCAACAUCUCCGUCAGUCCGAUCUCGGAGAGCAGCGUGUCUUCCUACCGAAAGCUGCUGCCCCAGCCGAAGAGCCGCAGGGGCAGCCGCAAGGAUAGUGCUAGCGGGAGCGGGAGCGACGAUGGAGGAGCCGAGGAAGAUGACGAAGAGGAGGAUGACGAGGAGCCAGACCUUGAUCCCCUGGAAAACGCCAUCAAGAUGGCCCUCAUCGAUCACGCCAUGGUGCUGAAGCGCUGCCUGGCAGUGUUGUUGCGUGCGUCCAACGGACUCUACACCGAACACCAGACGGAGCUUCAGAAGUACUUUGAAACAACGUACGCUCCCGAGAUCGCCAUCUUGUCCCCUCCCCCUCCGCUGCUCCGGCAAAACGGCCGCGACAUGGCCGGCCACAUGAGCAUCUCCCCGACGUGGCGCAAGUCGUCGGCAUCACCUAUCACGGCGGCCAACCACAUCAACAACGUCCGCAGCACGCCGACGCCACCGAUAUCCUCGUCGGCGGCAGCGUCGGGAGCCGACGGCGUCAGCAAGACGGAGGAGACGGCGAUAAUGCGUCCGGUGUCGGUCGUCCAGCCGCGCAACAGACGCCUCAGCUUUAUGAAUAAAAAGAGGAAGCCCAGCGGCGACAACACCGCCUUCGUCGCAGAAGCAGCCCGAGACUCCGGCGCCGCCGCCGCCAACAACGAGGCUGCAUCGACAGCAGCAGCACCGGCCGGUGCUACCCACGGCCUGUUCCCAAAGGAGACGUUCUACCAGCGGCAGCAGCAGCGUCUGCAGUCCCGCGUACCCACGUCGGCAUCGGCAGGCGCCUCUGUCGGCGGCGGCGCCCCCGCAGCAGACGGGAUGACACGCGUCGCCAGUAACAAGAGCAUGACGUGGACUCUGUCGAACGAGCGGAGACCGUCGGUUGCCUCGUCGACGGAUAACGACGACAAGCCCGCCUCUUCGUCAAAGAUGGGAGGCGUGCGAAAGCGGUUGAGCAUGCUCAAGUUGGGUAAGAAGGCUAGUAAGGGUGGUCUCUUCAUGGGGAGUUUGGAUGAGGAAUAA